UGAUUGAGGGCAUCAUAAGCAUGUUUUUUCCAAUGAAAAAUGUUUUAAUUUUGGUCACAACAAAUGUUUAACAAUGAAUCUUGUUGAAAAAUUUCAAAAGUUAUCAAAAAGAAGAUCAUUUAAGUAUGGUACUCCAUUUCUUGUGCUAAUUCUUGGUGGAUCAUUUGCAUUAAAAGAAUUUACACAACUGCGAUAUCAAUAUGCGCAAAAGAAAACCAUUAGGCCUGAUGAAUUAGAAGCGGAGGGAGUAAAAAUGAAAGAACCAGAGGAAGUGACAUUAGAGAAAGUGUAUGAAAAAGUGAAGGAAAUUGACAUUGAUCAUUGGGAAAAUAUUCGGGGCCCAAGACCAUGGGAGGAAACACAACAAAUAAAAGCCAGUAAUUAAAAAUCCUGUAAUAUAUAAUUAGGUAUUUAGUUGAAUAAAAUAAGAUUUUCAUUAUUAUCUAUUU